GCAAUAUCAAAUGAUAUCUUGGUAUGUUGUGAUGUUUGUUGUUAAUAUUUUGAUAAUAUCAAGGAUGUAAUGUUGUAUUGGUCAAUGACUUGAUCUAUCAAUAUAGAAUCGACAAUUUGAGAGCACCGGUAUAACUAUCUUUCCAUUUUCCAUAUGUAUUGGAUAAUUGUUUUUUUGAAAAUCAAAUAUAUUUUGGAUGUAUUAAAACAGAUAUACACAUAUUUACUACAUAUUAUAAUUCCUUGUAUAAGAAAAAAGCUGGACUCCCAGAUGCAUAAUUCUCACUCUUUAGUUGAUUUACUUUGAUUUAUCAAGAUGAAUGUGCACCAAUCUUACAUUUUUUGGUAGCUUUAUAUCCACCUCCAGCUUACACGCCAGCAGUGCAGACAAUUCCAGUGGAUAAUGAUAUUAAUAACACUACAAGCAUCUGCUGAAGAAGCAAUCCAAAGGAUGAAGGGAGCAAUGAUCGGUCAACAAGCUGUCCACCUUUCUUGGGGCAGGAGCCCAACAGCUAAACAGGUUGAAGGUUCUCAAGAAAUGGCCUCCAUGGCAGGUGCUGUCCCGGCUGUGGAACAAAGGGAGGAAUAUGAUCCUUUGGCUACGCCAGAUGUUGACAAGUUGAAUGCUGCUUACCUUGCCGUCCAUGGAAGUGCCAUUUUUGGCCGGCCCAUGCGGCAGAGAACCUCAUCACUCUCACAGAAAGAAUAGGCUCCUAUGGAGCACCUAUUUUAUUUGUCGGUCUCUAAUUGGUUUUUGGUGUGCUAAUGUGAUGGAAAGAAAGACAAUCAUUAGCAAGAAAACUGCUUCCAGAGGGGAAUCCUGGUAAAUUCUGCUUUUGUACAUGAUGUUCUGCCUCAAAAGGGAUUUCCUCGUUUGGUUGCAGCAGUCAAUAAAAACAUAGGAAAGCAGAUAAAUUUUAUGGCAUAAAUUUUGAAGUCAUUUCUAGAUUGUUGUGACAUGACAUUUUGAUUUGUAGUAUAAAUAGAAGAGAAUGAUAUGUUGCUUUCUUUCAAGUAGACUGAGUU